GAGGGGCCAUAUAAAACCCCUGGAGCACAAGCCAUGCUUUAUCUUGUGACCCGCUCAUUUCUGUCUCAGGCACAGGAAACCCCUAAACUCUUUCAGCCCUGCCCCAGUGCCUGCAUACACACUCUCUCACACCUCAGCGUGCUCAGAGACCAGAAUGGCUGUACGAAGAAUGAAUGAACUCUGGAAAACCAUGGCACUGGCUUUAAUGUUCGGCUUUCUUUUGCUUCACAGUUGUCAGGGACAGGAUCCCACUACAGCUGGUGCUACAACAAGCUCGGAACCAGCCUCAACACCAACUCAGGCAGGGAUGCCAUCAACAGUCUCAGUAUCAAACAUAGCAACAGAUUCGCCAGCAUCCUCAACCCCUGAGGUCAUAGCUCAAAGCACACCUGAACCAAACAAACCAAGUUCCGGUUACACUACUCAUCGCAAUGCUCCAUCAGAAACCAACGCCUCUGGCAACAGCAAUUCCGCCAUCCUGACCAUAUUCUCAACAGCCCAGCCAGAAACCACAGCCUCCAACAACCAUGGUGAAGCGAUACAGGGAAAAGUCUCAAAUCAAGAAUCCAGUCAAUUAGAAUCGGAAAAAAAGACAGAAGAAAAAACCGCCUCUGGGUCUUCUCCUGCAGUUUUCGUGUCUGUGCUGGUGACCGGCUUACUGCUUGCUGCCAUAAUAGUUGGCAUAUACUACUUCAAGUGCCAUCGCCGAACCAACGGCAAAGGCAUGAAACUGGCUGAGGAGUCUUACAUGGCUGACGAGGAGAACCAGGGCAACACUCUGGUGUCUGUGGCCCCUCUGAACCAACCCGAGCCCCAGGAGAAGCCAAGUCUUAAUGGAGAGUCACAAGAAGCAGUGAAGCCCCAAACUCCCCCUGCUGCCACCAAUGGCCACUCGACCACCAAGACGGCAGACACAGAGCUGUGAAUGAGCCGUUCUGCCAACGAGGGUCUGGGCGAAACGCUCAGUUCCUGCUUCUUAAACCCAACUCAAUCUACUGCAUAUUGACCUUGGCCGUCAGAAGGCACGAGGGAGACAAAGACUCAAAUCCCCACAUUUACAUGUAAAUAUGAUGCAAAAUGUUUCAUUUAAAGUCAUACAGAACAAGUAAACACUUUUGAAUCAAAGUAUGGC